GUGGGGGCUGCCCCGGCACGACGCCCCGGGAGACAAAGGGAGCGGGUGGGCAUGCUGCCCACGGGAGAUGCGCGGCGGUCAGUUCCGUCUCUGGUCCCGGGGAAGCCGCCCGAGCAGGCAGAGGCAGGGAGGCGGUGACAGGUGAGGCGGCCAUGGAGCAGUGCGCCAGCGUGGAGCGCGAGGUGGACAAGGUGCUGCAGAAGUUCCUGAGCUACGGGCAGCACUGCGAGCGGAGCCUGGAGGAGCUGCUGCAGCACGUGGGCCGGCUGCGCGCCGAGCUGGCGGGGGCAGCCCUGCAGGGGACGCCCCUUUCGGCCACCCUGUCCCUGGUGAUGGCGCAGUGCUGCCAGAAGAUCAAGGACACGGUGCAGAGGCUGGCCUCCGACCACAAGGACAUCCACAGCAGCGUGUCCCGCGUGGGCAAGGCCAUCGACAGGAACUUCGACUCUGAGAUCUGCGGCGUGGUGUCGGGCGCCGUGUGGGACUCGCGGGAGCAGCAGCAGCGGGUCCUGCAGACGGCCAUCGUGGAGCACCUGUACCGGCAGGGCAUGCUGGGCGUGGCCGAGGAGCUGUGCCAGGAGUCCACGCUGGACGUGGACCUGGGCUUCAAGCAGCCCUUCCUGGAGCUCAACCGGAUCCUGGAGGCGCUGCACGAGCAGGACCUGGGGCCGGCCCUGGAGUGGGCCAUCUCCCACCGGCAGCGCCUGCUGGAGCUCAACAGCUCCCUGGAGUUCAAGCUGCACCGCCUGCACUUCAUCCGCCUGCUGGCCGGUGGCCCCGAGAAGCAGCCCGAGGCCCUGAGCUACGCCCGCCACUUCCAGCCCUUCGCCCGGCUGCACCAGCGGGAGAUCCAGGUGAUGAUGGGCAGCCUGGUGUACCUGCGCCUGGGCCUGGAGAGGUCGCCCUACUGCCACCUGCUGGACAGCAGCCACUGGGCCGACAUCUGCGACACCUUCACGCGGGACGCCUGCUCCCUGCUGGGGCUCUCCGUGGAGUCGCCCCUCAGCGUCAGCUUCGCGUCGGGCUGCGUGGCGCUGCCUGUGCUCAUGAACAUCAAGGCGGUGAUCGAGCAGCGGCAGUGCACGGGCGUGUGGAGCCACAAGGAUGAGCUGCCGAUUGAGAUCGAACUGGGCAUGAAGUGCUGGUACCACUCGGUGUUCGCCUGCCCCAUCCUGCGCCAGCAGACGUCCGACGCCAACCCCCCCAUCAAGCUCAUCUGCGGCCACGUCAUCUCGCGAGACGCCCUCAACAAGCUCAUCAACGGCGGGAAGCUUAAGUGCCCCUACUGCCCCAUGGAGCAGAACCCAGCAGAUGGGAAACGCAUCAUCUUCUGACUCCUGCUGGCCCCUGGGACUGUGCCAGGACCAGCCUGGCCCUGCCUGGGGCCCUGCAGCACUCGGGCCCGGGCGUCGCUCAGGACGACCAGCCCAGGAGACCAGGCGGCAGCCACCUGGCCCUCAUAGGGCGCAAGGCGCCCCCACGGGCCCCUGGUGGCAUCUGCUCUGUGUCCCCCGCCAGUACCCCCAUGCAGAACUGACUGACACGCAGAGAGGCCUUCCCCAUCCGCCGCCCGCGGAGUCCCACGGGGCCCGCUGAGGUGGCGGGGGGCUGCCUCCCUGGCACCACGUGCACGGAAGAGGUGGCCUGAGCACGGCCACUGGUUUCGGGUGUGGCCCCCAAAUACACCUCCAGACUCAG